AUGAAGCUUUUCGCCACCGUAGCCGCACUCGCCGCCUGCAUCGUUGCCGGCAGCAGCAAGUUUGACCAGCCGACCAACAUCUUGAAUGAGGACGUCGAGACGAUCAACACGUGCACGCAGCCGGGCGCGACACCGACAAUCGCGAUCAUCGACGCCGACAUGGACGAUAUUGUGGCGCUUCUGUACCUCUUCAAGGAGCCGACAGUCAACGUGACGGCCGUCAUUGUCGACGGCGACGGCUGGGCGCACUUGGAUGAAGGCAUUGAGAGCGUCAUGCGCACGAUCGAGUUUGCGGGUCUCACGGGCCGCGUCGAGGUCGGCGCAGGUGCGACCUACAACAUGGUCAACGAGGCCACACACGGCGACGUCUACCAGGAUUCGGUGCCGCCGGCCAUCGAUUGCGGCCGCAACGAUGUCGACUCGGUCUUGCACUUGCGCGAUCAGUUCCUCUUUUCGCCGCGCGAUUUGUAUUUGAACCAGCCCCACACGCUCGACGAUGGCUGGAAGGUGCUGCAGAAGCACCUCAACGCCGGCACGACCCAAGUGCUCUCGACGGGCACCUUCACGACGCUCAACCACCUCCGCAUGAAGGACCAGGCGACGUUCGAGAAAAUCUCCAACCUCGUUGUUAUGGGCGGCGCCGUCAACACGCCCGGCAACCUCUGGAGUGUCGAGGAAAACAAGGUCGCCGAGUUCAACAUUUACUUGGACCCGCAGGCCGCGCGCGAUGUCUUUGCGUCGUCGGCCGCCAAGGUCAUGAAGCUCGUGGGUCUCGACGUCACGGACAAGUACCCGAUCGAGCGUGCGUACCUCAACGCGCUCAACAACGCGACGGCGGCGGACGCGCAGUUUGUCGCCAAGCUCAUGAACGUCACCGAGUCGAUUUGCUUUGGCCCGCGCUUCUUCGAGACGUUCCACUUUUGGGACCCGCUCGCCGCCGGCAUUAUGGUCGAUCCGACGCUUGUGACGUUCGCGACCGAGAAGCUCUCGGUGGUCGCCAACACGCCCAUCAACAAGACGGUCGACGGCUGGACCAAGAUCGACACGGAGGCCGGCACGAGCAUCACGUACGCGGCCGACAUCUCACAGGCCAACGCCGAUCGGUUCGCGGACCACCUCUUGCACAACCUCAACUCGGACUGCAUUCGCCGUGUGCCCAAAAAGCACGCGUGCUAA